UGCGCUUGUACAACAGGCUGUGACAUCGUUUGCAUGUUGUGUUGUUCUAUGUGCAUGUCUGUGUUGGCAGCGGCUCUGCCUAUUUUCCCGCUCCGCAUGUCACGUGAUUCCAUGGGGUGACGCGGCGUUCUCUGCGCAUGAGCAGGGCACUCCGGAAGAGAGCAGUUCGCGGUAUGGUGGGGUAGAAGUUUUCUAGUUAUAGUUGAAGCAAGUAAAAAAGCCGAGUUCAUGACCAAAAGACUCCGCAAUCAUUCCGCAAUUCUAUCAAUCUGCAAUUCUAUUAUGACCUUCAAUCCUGCUACUCAAUAAACCUGUCCAUCCCUCCAUCUACCUUUUGGCCAUUCCCUGUGUCCAAACGUCCUUUGCUGCCUCCUGUAUUCUGACCGAUACACCAUCUUGUACACUAUAUACCCCCAGAUCUAGCGUAUUAUCCUCCCCAACAUUGGGCGCCAAAUCCUCCUUUACAUUGUGGUCCUUCGAGCCGGAUAUAGUGUUCAGGAUGGAGCAAGAUCAAGAAAGACACCUGGAUGUGAGGCCAAAACGUCGGACGCACCCCCCAGCUUGGAUGCAGGACUUCGAGGUGGACUACGUGGGAUAUGAGCACAGCGGCCAACCACGUUGGGACUCGUUUACACCGACCCCAACAGGCAGACCGUCAUACCCACAGCAGGGACUAGUCCAGACGAUCUCCUUGCGUGCACCUCAAUUUCAUCCGGAGAGCUUCGAGGAUGCUGCUCAGCAUAGAGCCCCUCAGCUAGCCUCAAGCUUCACCCGGAGGAGGAAUGCGGAUGAUAGAACCUUAUCUGCACCUGUCCAGUCAUACCAACAACAGCCAAACCAGGACCAGUACCACCCGAACCGCCACACCGUACAAGAUGGGAAUGCGGUUCUGCGUGAGACUCACGAAGCCAUCCAUGCCGGACUGAAGGAGCUAAAUAAAGCCCGUAGUGACCUUCAGCAGCUGAUUGACGUGGCCCACUCUCUAAGAAUAGGCAUGAGUCAAGUGAACAUCCCUCUACCAGCAUGUUCCAGUCCCAAACCACCUGAUGGGGCCGUCACCACGAGCAACAGCUCGAGAUUCACUGAGUCAGAGGAAGAGGAGGAUUGGCCUGAUCCUCCGCCAUGGCCUGAACCCGAGGAAGCCCUAAACGCCAACCUCAGUGCCUUGAAUCUGGGAGCUCAUCAGCUACCUCCUUACCCGACUCCACCGGAGACCAAGCCUCUACACUACAGGCCUCAGCCACAACCAGCCCAAUUCCGUCAUCCACAGUUCAUUCCUUCUAGCCGUGAGUCCUCCCACGUUCCUCCUGUACCGCCACGUAACUUACCCUUACCUCUAGAAGCACCCCCAACUGGUCAACCACAUCUUCAAGUGCCACACUCUCACAGAACCACCCCUUACAUGCAACCUCCAUACCCAGAGCCAGUGUACAGAGGACCCCAACCGACCAUUCCCAAGUUCACUUUCCCGGACCCUAGUGAGUUCGCCCGGCUACGUAUAGCAUUAGAGAACCUCCUCCCCUCCAAUGCUACAGAACUCUUCAAGUAUCAGGUACUAGUAGACCAUCUUAAGUUAGAAGAGGCCAAACUGAUAUCUGACGCCUAUCUAAACUCUCCAACACCCUACACGGACACCAUGACAGCUCUCUAUGACAAAUAUGGUCAACCUCAUCAGCUUGCCCUAAAGAAGAUAUCCAGCGUCCUGGACGGCCCAGAGGUCAGGCGGGGUGAUCCAAUGGCGUUCCAGAAAUUUGCCCUUCAAAUACAAUCACUGGUGGGUCUCCUCCAGACCUUGGGCCACGAAGGAGAAGUUGAACUAAGCUGUGGCUCUCACGUAGCUCGCCUACUGAGUAAGCUUCCGCCUGAACAGCGAGCCGAUUUCCGCCGUUCCCAGCCCACUCGAUCUGGAGCCACAUCCACCUUGCGGGACCUGUCAGAGUGGCUUCGCCACGAGUCAUGGUGCCAGGACUUUGACGAUCCUACCAGUAGCCGGAGCUCCAAGGAGAAGCAGAGCACUAAAUGGAACAUUCGUCCUGUGGCUAAGCAAACAGCAGUCCUGCAUAGUAGCCAGGAGCCCUCAGUGAAACUAGUUAAAGAGAAACCUGUCAAAGGGAAAGACAAGUCCAAGGUAUACUGUGCCUAUUGUGAGAGUACAGACCACUACCUCAGCCAGUGUAGUGGUGUAGCCCAGCUCACCAAAGACGAGCUGAAGAGGUGGAUCCAAGAGCACAAGCGGUGUUGGCGCUGUGCCCGUCGACACUUCGCCGCUCAGUGCGACCUCAAGAAACCCUGUAACCUUUGUCAAGGCAAGCACCUUCUCGCUCUCCACGAGAUUAACAUAAGACCUGAGAAAGUUAAGGAUGACUCACCUCCAAAGGCUGAAAGCUGCCUGACUACCUGUGCCUCCGAGUCCUUCUACCUUGACCGACCACACGUGGGGAACCGAGUCAUGUUGAAGGUGGUGCGAGUACACGUGCACUAUGGUAGUCAGAAGUUAGACACCUACGCUAUACUGGAUGAUGGGUCUGAGAGGACUAUGCUGCUCCCCACCGCUGCUAAGUCCCUAGCCCUUAACGGCGCUCCCGAAGACCUCCCACUGCGCACAGUGCGCUCGGACAUCCAAGUCUUGCAUGGCCAUACAGUGUCAUUCCGGGUCUCCUCUCCCACCAACCCUAAUAUUAUGUUUAAGAUCACUGAUGCCUUUACAGCCAGCCAUCUUAAUCUAGCCCCACAUAGCUACCCAGUUAGCCACCUACAGAGGAAGUUCAAGCACCUGCGUGGAAUCCCUAUUCCUACCUUCCGAGAAGUAAAGCCCUUGCUUCUCAUAGGUUCAGACCAGCCCCACCUCGUAACCCCCAUCGACUGUCCGCACUAG